CCGGGGAAAAAGCCGGUGGCUGGAGGGGAGUGAAGAAGAAAGGGAGGGAGCCGAACACGGAAGUGGUGGCAGCGCCUGCGGAGCUGGUGGAAAAAGGUCCUAUUGCCGAGGGUGAGAGCUUACAUAAAGGCGUCUGCCUUGUAGGACCUACAUGAGGUGUAGGAGUGACUAGGCCUCCCUUCUCCACCUCAACUAGCACCCGGAGUGAUGGCGAUGACGAUGGCGGCAGUUACUCGGACAGCCCCAAUUAAACUGCGUUCGGAAAGAUACAUCCAGAACGUGCCCAGAAGAAACUUCCUGCCAGAAAAACUGAAAAAGCAGUAUUUAUAACAUUGGGAUUUGUGGAUAAUUUGUUAAAAUGGCAGAAAGUAGUGAAAACAAUUGUAAAAAUGUAGAUGUAAGGCCCAAAACUAGUCGGAGUAGAAGUGCUGACAGAAAGGAUGGUUAUGUGUGGAGUGGAAAGAAGUUAUCUUGGUCAAAAAAGAGUGAAAGUUAUUCUGAUGCUGAAACUGUGAAUGCUGUAGAGAAAACUGAAGUUCCUCUGAGGAGCCGAGAACGGAAGCACAGCUGCUCAUCCAUCGAGUUGGAUUUAGACCAUUCUUGUGGGCAUAGAUUUUUAGGCCGAUCUCUUAAACAAAAACUGCAGGAUGCUGUGGGGCAGUGUUUUCCCAUAAAAAAUUGUAGUAGUCGACACUCUUCAGGGCUUCCAUCUAAAAGAAAAAUUCAUAUCAGUGAACUCAUGCUAGAUAAGUGUCCUUUCCCACCUCGAUCAGAUUUAGCCUUUAGGUGGCAUUUUAUUAAACAACACACUGCUCCUAUAAGUCCCAAAUCAGAUGACUGGGUAGCCACAGACUUGUCUCAGAAUGAAUUGAGGGAUGGUCAGCUAAAACAAAGAAACGUGGAAGAAGAGAGAAACUGUUUCUCACAUACCAAUGUUCAGCCCUGUGUCAUAACCACCAACAGUGCUUCGUGUAGAAGUGGUCCUGUCACUGGCUCUUUGAUGAACCUUAUUUCAAAUAAUAGUAUAGAAGAUAGUGAUAUGGAUUCAGAUGAUGAAAUUAUAACACUUUGCACAAGUUCCAGAAAAAGAAACAAACCCAAAUGGGAAAUGGAUGAAGAAAUCCUGCAGUUGGAAACACCUCCUAAGUAUCACACCCAGAUCGAUUAUGUCCACUGUCUUGUACCAGACCUCCUUCAGAUCAAUAACAAUCCAUGUUAUUGGGGAGUUAUGGAUAAAUAUGCAGCUGAAGCUCUACUAGAAGGAAAACCAGAGGGUACCUUUUUACUUCGAGACUCAGCACAGGAAGACUAUUUAUUCUCUGUUAGUUUUAGACGCUAUAGUCGUUCUCUUCAUGCUAGAAUUGAACAAUGGAAUCACAACUUUAGCUUUGAUGCACAUGAUCCUUGUGUCUUCCAUUCUCCUGACAUUACUGGGCUCCUAGAACAUUAUAAGGACCCAAGUGCCUGUAUGUUCUUUGAACCACUUUUAUCCACUCCUUUAAUUCGGACUUUCCCCUUCUCCCUGCAACAUAUAUGCAGAACAGUUAUUUGUAACUGUACAACUUAUGAUGGCAUUGAUGCCCUUCCAAUUCCUUCUUCUAUGAAAUUAUAUCUGAAGGAAUAUCACUAUAAAUCAAAAGUCAGAGUACUUAGGAUUGAUGCACCAGAACAACAAUGCUAGGAAAGGCUAGGAACACGGGGAUGAUUGCAUACAUAUUUUCAUUUAAUAUUUUAUUUUUCUUAUUAUGCCACUUUGGAUUUUUCUACAAGGGCAGUUAAGUCUAAAAUAAACUUCUGCCCUAAAUUUUACUUCCAGAUCAGUUUAUUUUUCUUAUGAUACACUAAUUGUUUAAGGUUACAUUCUAGGAGUUAAUGGAUAUUUAUGGCCAGGUGUUUAGUUUUUUAUUUUACCAUGUAGAUUGUAUACUUUCCUUUUCUUAAUUGUAAUUUGCAUAUGCUCCAGGGAUAUUUGAUAUUUGGUAGGCAUUGCAAACACAGUUAAAUAAUCUAUUUCAUACCUUGCUUUAAAAAUAAUCCUCUGUCCUUUCCUACCUGUAAAAUGCUUUCUUAGCCUAUGUCAUUGGUAUUCCUGCACAUAUAAAAUAGUUUCCCCAGUCCCUCCUACAGAGUUGCUUUAAAUAUCUUCAAUAAGCUGAGUGUUGUAAUUCACCAUCCAUACUAAUGUAACUGACUUUUGUAAUUUACUGAUUGGGAUAUCAAAGGUGAUAUGAUAACUUAAAAUCAAACUUGAUAUGUUUUCAUUUUAAAUAUUACUUAAAAAUCUGGAGUACUAAAUUUGUAAUCUGGUCAGCAAGAAUCAAAUGAAAAUGUGAUAUUUUACAGGUGAACUUAUUCUACUGUGCGGCAUGGUUAUUAGUUCUUGAAUAGAGCUUCCUCUCAACCUGGAAGAAUUACCAUCUUCAGAACAUAAACAUUGUUCCUUUCUCACUGGACACUUUAAAAGAAAUGAUAAUAUUAUUUGUAACUAGUAUUUACUAAAGUACUUAAGCAACUGUAGGGUUUUUCUGUAUUUACUUAUGACUGUUGCUUCUACUCAGCCCUUUCAUAGAAACUGAGCCUGUUAACUUUGGGCCAUACUGCAGUUUAUAAACAGCUACAAAUUUCUAUUGGUAACCAAAGAAUACCUAAGUAGUUUUCACUAUUUUAAAUUGAGCUUAAAUAAAGAUUCAAGAAGUUAAAUGUAGAGUUCAGUAUUCAGGAAGCUUAAUACUGUUUUUAAUCUUAAGGUUUCAAAUAAUCCUACCUUCAGAAUUAAUGUGUCUUUGUGACUCAAAAAAAAAACAUUUUGAGAGCUGUAUGACUUAAUACCAUACUGAAUAUAGUACCAGGCACCCAGUAUAAUAUUUUUAAUUUACUAUACCAACAACGGGGAAGCAUUCAUAGAAGCAUCAUUAUCCCAAUACUAAAGUAAAUUGAGUGAUACCUUUACAACUCCUUUUUUAAAGAAUCAAUGAAUAAUAAAUUUUCUAGAUGGUCAUUUCUUUUGGUAAACUGUUCACCCCUUUGUACAAAUUGGCAUUUUUAAUAUAGUAAAUUGCGUUAUUGAUGCUACUUUAGCUCUAGUAGUAUGCUGUUUUUACUUGGAUUGAAAGACAUGUGACUCAAAUUUUCAAGUUAGAAGAGAUGUCUCUUGAAGUAUCAUUGCUUUUAUGUUGAAGUAGCAUUUCACUUUACUCCAGUUCUGCUGUUAACAUAAAGAUGGCAUAUUUCAGUAACAUUUAAAAUGAAUUUUCAGCAAUUAUCACAAAAUUAAACCAAGAAAAUCCUUACCUUUAUCUUCUAGCAUUUUUUUUCUCAGUGAUCUCAAGAUUGCCUUGGUUCCAGUGAGGGGUAACUACUCAAAUGGCACCUCUCUUUCCAGUGAUGAGGCUCAGGAUAUCAUAACACCAGUAUCAGGGUAAAUAUCUCUUCUAAAGAUGUUUCCCUUUUACAAAAAUAGAAAAGUUUCAUACUACCUCAUCUUUAUUGUGGCGCUUUUGUAGAUCACUGAGAAGCUUAUCUUAUUAAUCAAUAUAACACUAAAUAUCCAUCUUUGGUAAAAGAAAAUUAAUAGUAUGGUAAGACUCUACCCAUGAUUAUAGGUUUUUUAUCAGAAUUUGAUAAUGAAACUUUCUGUUUCUGUGAAACAAUUAUUUUAAAUAUUUUUCUUUUAAAAAUAAUUUUUUAUCAGCACAGAAAAACCCAAGGAUGACUAGCUAAUGAAUAUUCUAUUAAAGGGUAAUUUUAUAAAGAGAAAUGAAAUAGAAUUAUGUUGUCUUUUAUAAUGAUAAAAAUUAGUGUUUAUAUGAAAACCAUGAUCUAAGCUUUUCAUAUAUUCAGACUGGUUGCUUGUGAUAUAUAUUCUCUGGCUUUCUUAUUUUUUCAAGGUAUUAAUAGCUGUUAACAUUUUCAAAAUACUGUCAUAUAUAUAGCAUUGAAGUAAGUAUAUAUCUACUAAAAGAGCAGGGAAGACUCAUUUACUCUGAAAUUGUAUUUUUCCUUUGGUAUUUGCUACAGUGAAAAAAAAUGGAAUGUAGAAAUAUAAAGACUUGGGAAGGGAAUUGUUUACCAUGAAAGAAAAAGAAAAAAGAGUAAUAAUAAAUAAAUUUUUUAAAGCAUUUAGGGAUUGAAAUUUUAAAAGGUUAACCCGUUUCUGAGUGACUUUGUAAAGACACAUUUGGAAGAGAAUCUAGUAUUAAGAGACUAGUAUCUUUUUAAAAAUUGUAAGAAAUGUGAUUAUUGGAAUAUUCAAGUAAAAUAAGUAAGUUUUGAGAGGUACAAUUAGGGAAGAUAUAAAUAUAUCUAAAUAUAAAUUUUGUAACUCUAAUUUGGACAUCAUGAGCAUUUGAAAAGUGUAAAUUCCAGAGUCAAAAAGGCAUUCAGCAUGGUGGAAAUGUGUAGUGUUUACUGGCUGGAAAGGAUGGGGCUGAAAGAAACAAGAUAAAAUAUUAAAAUUAAGAAUGUAGGCAUUACCUCAGGGAAAAGCCUUGACAGUGAAGGGAACUACUUAAUCGCUAAUAGCUAGUCUGGACCAGACACUUAACUGCUUUGGGAAUCAUCCUGCACUAAUCAAGAAAUAAACUUGACUUUUAUAUUUCUCUGUGAAGCUUUUCAGGACAUACCCCACCUCCUCUUUCCUUUUUUUUUUUUUUUUUAAGCUACAGUAUCUUGAUUCAUACUGCCAUUCCUGAAAUACCCCAAAUGGAUUUUUUUUAGGACCCUUGAGUGUUUUUGUAUGAAGAAUCAUGUGAUCUUUCUAAAACCAUGUCAUUCAGUUAAAUAAUUCAUAGAGAGAAUGGUUUAAUUUAAAGGAGGCCCUAAUAGGAAGAAGAUUAAAGGAAGCUUUUAGUCAGCCUGUGGCUAGAUUUAUUGAUUUAGUGAUCAGACCUGUGUUCUUUCCUGAAUUUCAGCUAAUGGCAAACUGUGGUCAAAGAAUGGCUUUCAGCAAAGUUUUGACUUAUAAAUAAUAUAAAGAAUGUAUUAGUAAUUAGAAAUCCUUUAAAGAGCAAAUGUGGCAAAUAAGACUCAUAUCAUUAUACAAAUUCCAUUUCUUUUUAUAAGAAAAACACAAACCAUUAUCAUUUAUUCAUGAGCCAAAGCCAUUAAGAAGAAAAAUCAAGUUAUCAGCUUCCUGUCUCACUGAAGUUUGGAUCAUUUUAUAGAUCCAUGUAAUAGCUUCCUUCCUAUGAAACAAAAACCUUGAGACCUAGCUCUUCUAAAUAAAUUCUUAGUUUUAUUAAACAAUUUUUUGGGUCAGUUUUAGCUCUAAACAAAGCCAAAUAGGUUAUACAUUAAUUUUGGUAAAGCAAGUGUCACAGGAAAGCAGACAAUUAUAAGGUAUUCCUGGAGACAAUAUAAGAAAAACAAUGUUUAGAUGUAAAAUAGCCUGUGUGUUAGGUCUUAAUGCCCAAGUGAAUAAAAGGUUUUAAGUAGAUUAUUGUUUCUACUUCAGAAAAAAAAAUCUUUAUAGUUUUGAUUUUAACAUAAUCAGUUUUACAUUCAUUUUUAUUUAAAAAGAAUGAAUAGCACAAAGUGUUCUUUUCUGUUUUAAUGACCUACUACAAAUGAGUAAUGCUAUAAGAGUGUACAAGACUCUUGUAUGUAUUCUAAUACAUUAAGAUAUUGGACACAAAAUGAAGGUAACUUUUUGAAACUGAUAGGCUUCUAAGUAGAAGAAAUAUAGACUAAUGGAUAAAACCCAAUGGAAAGAUAUUUAGGGCACAUGAGCCCUACUUCAAAUAAAUUAGAAAUCCUAUUUCAAACAUUUUUUAUUUCCUUUUUAAUUUUGAGUACAUUUACUCAAUCCUAAGUCUUCUUUGCCUUCAUUUCCUAACAGAAAACAUAGGUAAUAUAUGUCACUUCUUGAAGGUCAAUUCUUCACUUAGGACUCUUGGAGCAUACUUGAAAAUCAUUUCCUGUACAGCUCUUAAAUACUAACGUGAUGAUAGGUUUUCAAAGUAUCUCCUUAGAAAACACUACAGAUUUUUUAGUCUGUAGUAGGCUUUCUUGGCUUGGUUUGACAAAGUACAAUUUGAAUUUAUGGUUUGGACUCUGCAAUUAGAUGCACAAUUGCAAUUUCCUCCUACCCUUAAUAAGGUUUAUCUAAGAUUGAUAUUUGCCUAAAUUGUUUUAAAGGUUGAUUACAUUUGCAGGAAGUAAAGAUAAUCCAUUUUACUGUGGUUAAAAUCAAAUCUAAGCUUUCAGACUUGAGUGUAAACUCAAGGUUUACUUUAAUUACGCUGACUUUGUUAGAAUUGGAUAGAUUCCGUAUAAACCAAGUAUGAAUUUCAUAUAUACUUGAAUGUACAGAGUUUAAGUAGUAAAUUCACAAAACUAUUAGGACUUACCAGUCAGGUUUGUGUGAUCCACCCCUUACCCAAAAAAAGUAGAUUGUUUCCAUUAUUAUUUCUAUUUCUGAAAUUGAAUGUUUCUUCUUGGAUGUGAGUUCAAAUAAAUUUAUCUGAAUAAAUUUUCAUUUCUUCUUAAUUAAAACUUAACAUAAAAUCCAAA